AUGCGUCUUUAUCAACAUUCAGCUCAUUGUGCAGUGGCAAUUCAAUUAUUUCUUGAACGUAAUCCAUCAUAUUGGUGUUUUAUUUCAAAAACACAAGAAGAAGUUACACAAGAAAAUGAUUAUUAUACAAGAAUAGUUCUUGGUACAGGAUCCGAAUUCAUGUAUAUGCUUCCAAGACGUACAGAUCAACAAAAAAAAGUAGCUCGACUUUUAACUGGUCUAUCAUUACCAUCAACAGCACGACAUUUUUCAUCUGCACAAAUACAAAAACAACGAAUAUUUUUCGAUCGUCUUCUAUUAAGUGCUGUUGAUGAAUUACCUUAUAUAGAAACUGAUUUAUAUAAAAUGAAAAUCAUUGCCGUUUUACCUACUGAUGAAUCAAUUCUUUUACGAUAUGUUAUUGAAACCUUAUUUAUUACUCAUGGUGAAUCAAAAUUAAAUAUGAUAUGUCCCAUUGGUGUUGAUCCUGAAAAACGUUAUGGUCAAUCUUAUGAUCAUCAAUGGUUUUAUCAUAUAAAAAAUCCUGAACAACCAACCCCACAAUCUAUUCUUGCAUUAAUUGAAACAAUAAAAGAACUUAAUGAACGUCCAUCCAACCAUCAUGAUGAUGAUGAUGAUCAUCAUUGA